AUCAGUUAUAUUUUAAUUUUAAAAGAAUUGAAAGCAAAAUCUAUCGGUUAUUUAAAAAAAAAAGAUGAAAACUUUCGUAAUUGUCUCAUUAGUAGUUGCCUUAACCUCAUCAGCUUGGGGACUUUCCGAUGAAUUGAAAAAAGAAAUUGGUAAACAUGCAGCUGUAUGUAUUAAAGAAGUCCAAGUUGAAGAAGCUGUUUUAAAUGAAUCAAUUUCAAAAAAUUUGGAAGAACCUAAUGAACAAGUCCAAUGUUUUGUGAAAUGUGUUAUUGAAAAGAUUGGAUUAUUCGAAGACAAUGCAUUAAAUGUAGAAAAUGCACGUAAACAUUUAUCUCAACACCAUCCAGAAGACAAAGUUGAACACCUCUUAGAAACGUGCAAGGAUGUUAAAGGUGAAAAUGCAUGUGGAACUGCAUUUAAUAUUGUAAAAUGCUACGAGGCUCAUGCAAAUCAUACUAGAUUAUGUCAAAUUACGUGUGAAGAAAAACUUAUUGAUGCUGAUCAGAUGGUUGAUACACUUAUCAAAAAUGGUUUAGAAUGUCUUUCAGAAACUCGACUUGACAGAAAUGACUUGGAGAAAUUAAUCCGACAAGAUUUAAAAAAUCCAACUGAAAAUCAAAAAUGUUUUGCAAAAUGUGUAGUUGAUAAAGCACAAUUCGUUAAAAAUGGUGAAUUAGAUCAAAAUACAAUACGUGGUAUAUUAUUAAAAGAUCAUUCAAAGGAAUGGACUGAACGCCUUAUUAAUGCUUGUCCAUACCCAAAUGGUAAAAGUGAUUGUUCAUCAGCAUUUGACUUGGCUAUUACUGCUUAUGCUGAACCAAAUGAAUCGCCAGAAUAUAUAGCACAAAAAUGUGCUCUAAGAACUGGUGUAACUCCAACUCAAAUAACAGCAUUAAAGGCUGGUGAUUUUUCCAAGCCAAAUGAAGAAAUUCGAUGUUAUGCUAAAUGUAUAUUAGAUCAUUCAGAGCUUUUGGAAGAAGGAAUGAUAAGAGAAAAUUUAUUAUUAAAAAGAUUUUCAGGAAAAAUUCCUAAAGAACAGAUUAACAAAGCUAUUGGAAAAUGCAAAACAGUUACUGGACAAGAUCAUUGCCAAGUUGCUUAUAAUUUGGUUAAAUGUUUCUCAGAAAACAAAAUGAAAUUAAUUUAAAUUCAACAACCCGAAGAAAAUGAAAGAAAUUUUAAUAAUGCAAACAUUUUUUGAAGCACAUCUAGCACAUAUUAUUAUAUGAAUUCACCUGCAGCUGGAUACAACAUAAUAAUUAUAAGUGAAU